GACCUCUUGCAGCAUGCCUCCUCACUCAGACAGGGUGCACACACUCCAGCGAUACACACUAACAUCUCUACUGGUAACAGACUAUUGCAUGACACAGGAAACAUGCUGCUCUCUCCAUGGCAUCCUAUUACCAUGGCCUUUGUCUGUGGCCUUAUAUCUGUAGCAUCCUCCGGAGUGAUGGACAGUGAAACAGAUCCAGACCCAGCUGCACAGCCUUCUCAAAGAAAAGAUGAAAACAUAUCUAACUACACCGUAAUUAAACACAGUAUAUCGAUCCCCGGUUUGACAAAAAAAGUCAUACAGAAAGAAAUAAUUCUUGACAGCCCGGCAAAUUUGAAACUGGAGUGCGAGCUGCUUCUUGAUUCAGAAGAAUUGCAGAUAAAUGAUGUGGCCUGGACGUUUGAGAAUGCAACAAUAAGCAAAAAUAAAUAUGCCAAUAAUACCACAGAGAAUAAACGGCAUACGUCGUAUGAAUUUGCUGUGACGGCGCUAAACAUGAUUGGUACCUACACUUGCAUUUUCAACUCUACUACAGAAGUGAAAGCAGAAUUUCAUAUAAAAGUACCUACAGUCAAGAGUGAAAAAAAGCCUCUUGUAAGCUAUAUCGCAGAUUACAUUGUCAUGAAGUGUGACAGUUCAAUAUAUAAGCCUAAGAAAUGGAUUUGGUAUCAAACUAAUGGAAGUGACCAGGUACAGCUAAAUCUAUCUUUGAUACCAAUUAAGUACGAGGAUAGCAGUAAAAAGGUCAAUGAAAGUAAACUACACAUAUCAAACCUUUCAGAAAAAGACAGUGGGAUUUACAUUUGCAAGGCUGUUUUUGCAUUCGGAGAACACGAAGGACAGGUUCAACUGAGCGUUCUCAGUUACAUGGUGCCGCUUAAGGUCUUUCUGGCAAUUGCUGCAGAAGUUGUAGUCUUAGUUUCUCUUAUAUUACUGUAUGAGAUGAAAACUAAAAAAAAAACAUCCGAAGAAGAUAUUAAACAAGAUGCAGACGAGUCAACUAACCUAAAAUCUGAAGACAGCAAAACUCUUGAAACAAGCACCACCAGACAGCGUAAGGUGUAAUAGUGAAUUUAUUUUUGAAGGUAGGCAGGACCACAACACUGUAUUACAAGCUGUACUCAAGGCCUUGAAAGAAAUUCUGCCCGUCUUGUAGAUAUAUGUGAAGCAAUAUCAACGCGUCUAUUUUGAGAAGCUGAAAACUAUAUGCUAUAAAGAAAACUCGAACGAGUACAUGGAUACUUAUAUAACAGAUGUAUAAUAUGCUGUGAUAAUCUAUUUAGGUGUGUAGUGAUAAUUUUUAAAUAUAAAUAAUAUGUCUAUAUUAAUACAAAGUAGGACCAAAAUAAAUGCUAACAUUUUAUUAAGUUAAA